UGAAGCUCAGCCAGCGACACUCUCCCCCCACACACACGUCCACAGCUGCACUCUCUUCUGAAGAGCCGGCGACUGGAAGAGCGCUGCAGCAUCCCCAACCGCAACAAAAACAGUCAACCUGCUGAUAGCCUGCUGAUAUCGCCAAGAUGAUGCACAGAACCCAACUGCUGAUGCUGCUCCUCGUGGCAGCAUCCGUAGCAGCCGGCUCAGCCAACGAGUUGCCCUCCAAUCUCACCCAGCUGGAUGUCAACGAGAUUCCCCAGCGGUUCGACGAGGCGCAACUGUGGAGGAUCUACAACAUCUCGGGGGCGAUGAAACACCGAGGAGUGCCAGUGACUGAAACGCUAGAGCACAAGUUCGGCGGCAAUGUCUGGAAGGAGAACUCCAAGUUCUUGGACAUCUCCAUUGCCAGGGAUCAGCUAAAGGCGGCGCGCAGCUUUCUAAACGCCCACCGUCUCGACCCGCAGAUUCUGUCCCAUAACAUCCAAUCAAUAAUCGACGAGGAGCAGCUCGAAAGCCAGAAAGCCAGCCUCCUGGCCAGCGGAAUGAGAACGAAGAGGGCAGCUAGGAGCAGCAUGCACUGGAAGGACUACCACGAUCUGGAGACGAUCUACAGUUUCAUGCGGGAAAUCCGCAGCAAGUUCCCCAACAUCGUGCGCCUCUACACUAUUGGCCAGACGGCCGAGGGUCGCGACCUCAAGGUGCUCAGAAUCUCGGAAAACCCCCGCGAGAACAAGAAGGUGUGGAUCGACGGCGGCAUCCACGCACGCGAGUGGAUCAGCCCCGCGACGGUGACCUUCAUCCUCUACCAGCUGAUGUCCAACUGGGAGAACCAGCCGGAGCACAUUCGCGGCUUGACCUGGUACAUAAUGCCAGUGAUGAACCCCGACGGCUACGAGUACAGCCGGAAGACGAACCGCCUCUGGCGGAAGAACCGAUCGCCAUCGCGCCGUGCCCAGUGCAGCGGCGUGGACCUGAACCGGAACUUCGAUAUCGGCUGGAAUGGCUAUGGCUCCUCGACGAAUCCCUGCAGUGACACCUAUCGCGGGUCCGCGCCAGCGUCGGAGCGGGAAACUGCGGCGGUGGCCGAGUUCCUGUCCAAGAGGAAGUACAAUCUGGAGUCCUAUCUGACCUUCCACAGCUACGGACAGAUGAUUGUUUAUCCGUGGGCAUACAAGGCCGUCAAAGUAAAGGACGCAAGUGUCCUGCAACGAGUGGCCAGUUUGGCAGCCGAACGGAUUGCCCAGAAAACGGGCACUGCGUACAGGGCGGCGGUUACCCACGAGGUCCUGGGAAUCGCAGGCGGUGGAUCCGAUGACUGGAGCCGUGCGGCCCUGGGCGUCAAAUACGUGUACACUAUUGAGCUGAGGGAUCGUGGAGCGUACGGAUUCGUGCUGCCACAGCGUUUCAUAAAGGACACGGCGCUCGAGGGCUGGACGGUGACGGAGACGGUAGCCCAGGCAAUUGGCCCCAGCUCGUCCGGCUAAACGCCUCCUAAUCCUCCCCACUCUAGAGUAAUUUGUAACCCCCGCUUCAUUUUUUGUUCAGCCCACCUUUUAUGUUUGACCUGCGUGUGUGUGUGUGAAGGAUUAUUUAUGUUUGUUUGUGUGCGUGUUUGGCUGAGGGAAACUGUGUGUUUCGGGUGGGCUGGUUUAUCCUUUGAAUCCGCGCGACGGGCAAUAAACAAGUCCACGCUAUUUAUUACUACA